UUGUUUUUAUUUUGUUAUGGUGUUAUUUAUUUUCUUUCGUAUAGAUAGUAGAUUGUGCAUUUUGUGCCUAUAAAUUCGUUUACUUUACUUAAACGUUAUUGUGCGGUCAUUACAAUAAGUCGUAACAACUACUUACCAUCCAAACUACAUGUAUUUUUACACAAUAUGUGAGCUAUUUUCGUCUCGAUUGUCAUCUCCCAAAACAGUGAAAGGUAGCCGAACCAUGUAGAUAGUUAUUUAGAAUAUCCUUUCCACUAGAAUCGUCAAGUUAGUUCCGUGUUCACUCUCUAGUCAACAUCGCGCAGUUCGGAAAUAGGUACCUUCUUGAAGAGGGCAUGAUUGCAUGAUUAUGAAAUAAUUAAUUAUUUUCAUCAACUAAGUAACAGCAGGAGUUAAUGAUGUCGUACAAUAUCAAUAUAAACUCAAAAAUUGUCAUUCCCAUACUGGUAGGAGUGGGUUCAGUUGUUGUUAUUGCAACUGUGCUUGCCAAUUGUGCAUGGGGCAAAAAGUCUACUAAGGGCAAGAAGAAGGUUGCUUUAGUGGACCCCAACACUAAGUAUCAGUUACCUCUCAUUGAACGGGAAGAUAUUAGCCAUGACACAAGGAGGUUCCGAUUGGGACUGCCAUCAGUAGAACAUGUUUUAGGUCUUCCCAUAGGACAACACAUACACUUAUCUGCAAAAAUUGACGAUGACCUUGUUAUCAGAGCGUACACUCCAGUGUCAAGUGAUGAUGAUAAGGGCUAUGUUGACCUGGUCAUCAAAGUAUACUUCAAAAAUGUGCACCCAAAAUUCCCAGAAGGUGGUAAAAUGUCUCAACACUUGGAAAACAUGAAGCUCGGUGAGACGAUCGACGUGCGAGGUCCAUCAGGAAGACUGCAGUACUCAGGAAAGGGCUUGUUCCUCAUAAAGAAACUGAGGAAGGAUCCUCCUGUCAAGGUUGUCGCUAAGAAACUCAACAUGAUUGCUGGUGGUACUGGCGUAACGCCAAUGCUUCAGUUGGUGAGACACAUCUGCCAAGAUGCCAAUGACCCCACGGAACUUCGGUUGCUCUUCGCCAACCAGUCCGAAGAAGACAUCCUGCUCAGAGACGAAUUGGAGAAAUAUCAGCGAGAAUACCCUACACAAUUCAAAGUUUGGUACACCGUAGAUAGGCCGACUGAAGGUUGGAAGUACAGCUCGGGCUUCAUCAACGACGAGAUGAUCAAGGACCACUUGUUCGCUCCAGGGAACGAUGUGUUGGUGCUCAUGUGUGGUCCCCCGCCCAUGAUCAACUUUGCCUGCAACCCUGCCUUGGACAAACUGGGAUAUAACCCGGACACGCGUUUCGCGUACUAAAACACAAAUGUUUUAGCGAAACAUUGCUUUAAUCUACACAUAUUGCCUAGUUCUGAGGAUAGGUGUAAAUGCAAUUCACAUUUAUUUACAAAAAAACUAUAUAGCUAUUAGUUGUUUGUGCAAAUUAAAAUGUUCUAAUGACUCGUUUUUCGUUAAUCAUUUUUGGAGACUAUUUUGUUAAUUCUUUUGAUAUUAACAUCGUACUCGUUUAGAAGUAAGAAAAUGGCUUAUUGUGGGAUUUUGUGUAGUUCUAGGACUAAGUGGAUAUUGGAAUAAUGUAUGAGCGAUUGCCAAGACGUUGGGCGUUACAUUUUUAUUAAAGUUGAUAUUUUAUUGAGA